CAGGGGCAACGGAGGACACAAUGGCGGAGGAGAGUCCACAUGAAUCAAAGAAGAUGGUGUACAUUUCCAUGUCACUGAUUGCUAGGCGAAAUUUGCAACUCCCUGCAGAAAAACAGAGACCAGAAGACAUAACAAAAGCUUUGGCGAAGCUAACAACAGUUCGUUUGGAUCGGGAGAAUAUUGGCACCCUUGAAAAUUUUGAAUGCUUGGAAAGUGUCUGCAGUCUUUAUCUUCAGCAGAAUCAGAUAAAGAGGAUAGAAAAUUUAGAAUUGCUUUGCAGUUUAAGGUUUUUGACGCUGGCUGGUAACAAAAUCCAAAAGGUGGAAAACCUUAAACCUUUGCAGCAACUGGGAUUCUUAGACCUUUCAAAUAAUCAGAUUGAACAGCUUGACCCAGGUGAAUUUCCAGAGAGUCUCAUCAUUCUGAAGAUGAUUGACAAUGACUGCACCAAACAGGAACGAUAUAGGGAGAGGAUAAUAGGGGCUCUCCCUGCUCUCCAGCAACUUGAUGGUAACCCUAUUCAAAGGAGGAAGGAACCAAAUGAAACUGAUGAAGCAAAUGGAACCUCUGGAGAUUCUGAAAGUGAGGAGGAACAAUAUGAUUCUGAAACUAAAAAGGAAGAUUCCUUGCCUGAGAUCUCAGUUUCACUAGGAAAAAUGAAAGAAUUCUUUGUCGAUAUUCACAAAGAAAUAGUUUGCCGAUCUCAAUGGCGAAGGAAGGAAGCUGAAACUGACCAUAAAUUGAGGAUGAAUGAACUGGAGGAGAUUCGGAGGGAGAUAACUCAAAGACAGUCUCCCUCUCUCACCAACACCUAAAGAAGGAGCAGGCCUCUGAAAGCUUGUGUUUUCAAGAUAAACCUGUUGGACUACAACAUGGUGAUUGUGACCUUGCCCAACCAGGCACCUUCACAUUCUGGAAGUACGAAAAGGAACAACCAUAGCGCCUGGCUCUUCGAACCUCAUCCACCAUUCAAGAUCAUGGCUGAUCUGAUUUUAACCUCAACUCUACAUUCUUGCAUGUCCCUAAUAAGCUUUCAUCCCUGCCUUUAAAAUAUUUUAAAAUUCUGUAUCCAGUAAUUUUGAGGACGGGAAUUCCAAAAACUCUUGACCUUUGGAGGGAAAAAAUACUUUCCUUAUCUGUUUCAAAUGGAUAUUUCUCCCCCUGCCCCCCACUUUAAAUAUGACACUUAGGUUCUCCCACAAGAGGAAACAUCCUUUCAAUAGCCAUAUGGUCCCCUCUGGUUCUCUUACGUUUCUAUUAAAUCACCUCUAAUUCUUCUUAAGCUGUUGCCCAUUUAAAAGGGCAUGAGGCAGUUUUUUUCCCUGACAGCUAAAUGUCUUUAGAGCUGUUUCUGAAAAGACAGUCGAAGCAGAGACUUAAUAAUUUUAGGGCAGAGGUAAGUGGAUUCUUAGUAUGCAAAAGAGAUUAAAGAUUUUUGGGGUUGGCAGGUGCGUGGAGUUGAGGUUACAGUUAGUUUAGCCGUGAUCUUAUUAAAUAGUGGAAUGACUUCGAGGAGUGAGGGGCCUACUUCUGCACCUAACUAGUAUAAAUACACAAACCAUUUAAGAAUUUCAGUAUCUACAGUAUUUUGCUUGUGUAUCAUUAUCCAUACUAAAACAAUAUUCACAAAUCUCAUGUCGAAAUAAUAGGCAUGCCCUGACCAAAAACAGUGCGUGAAUGGCAGUAGCCAGCUUGGCUGCAGUGUCUGUUUACAAUUGCAUGAUCUUGUUCAGUGCAUGGCCAGUAAUGUCUCACUACUAAGUAAGCAAUUACAGGUUGUACCUUCUCCUGAACCACAUCAGCUAAAACAUUGGUAUCCUUUUGCUAAAAGACAAUUCAGCACUGAGCAGUUUAAAGUUGAUCGUAAUAAAGAAAAGAAAAACUACCCUUACAGUACUCCCGCUCCCCCACCCCCCCAUCUUCUAAAUGGAAGGCUGUUAUUAAACAUGAUUUUAUCAGUGCUACAUAUCUCAAUUUCUAUAAUGUACAUUUCUGUGCAUUUGAUGUAUUUAGGGCCUUAUCUCCUCUAAAUUGUUAUCA